UCUUCCUCUUCUCCAUUUAUUCGUGAUUAUCCUGUUUCUCCAAGCUCUGCUUCCGUCUCUCUCUCUCUCUCUCUCUCUCACUCUUUUCCCUCUCUGGUUUGAGGCGGAGCCAUGUCGGACGAGGAGCAUCAUUUCGAGUCCAAAGCCGAUGCCGGAGCUUCAAAGACCUUUCCUCAGCAGGCCGGUACCAUCCGCAAGAAUGGUUACAUUGUGAUCAAAAACAGGCCCUGCAAGGUUGUGGAGGUUUCUACUUCCAAGACUGGCAAGCAUGGACAUGCUAAGUGUCACUUUGUUGGCAUCGACAUUUUUACUGGGAAAAAGCUCGAAGAUAUUGUUCCUUCCUCACACAACUGUGAUGUCCCACAUGUCAACCGCACUGAUUACCAGCUGAUUGAUAUAUCAGAGGAUGGAUUUGUGAGUCUGCUUACCGACUCUGGUGGUACCAAGGAUGAUCUGAGACUUCCAACUGACGAAAAUCUGCUUACACAGAUCAAGGAUGGCUUUGCUGAGGGUAAAGAUCUGGUUGUGAGUGUUAUGUCAGCUAUGGGUGAGGAACAGAUUUGUGCCCUGAAGGAUAUUGGCCCGAAGUAAUGGGCAUGUCAGCUGAUUGAUGGAAAGUGUGAAAGUUGGAAUUACGAUAAUUUAGUAUUUUUGGUGAUCUUUUGUGAGUUUGUCUAUUAAAUUAAACAAACUUUGAAGGUUGAACCAAUCACGAAAGAUGUGUUCAGAACUAUGGGAUGGGUUUCUUUAGGAGACGGUAACAUAUAAUUUAUUGUGUUAGAUCAGUCCUAAACCAUGAACUUUUCGAUGGUGUAAAAAGGAGCUAUAUUGGCGAGAAUGUACUGUUUAUACAACUCCAUAGCACCUAUUAUACUAUUUUUCUUGUUGCUUUUA